GGAGCAGUUGCCGGUGUCUAUCCAAGCAUGUGCGUAUUUCUCGGUUAAACCUUGCUAGAUAAAACAUCCGCCAUAUUUAAUCUAAACCAAACGUCGGUGGACCUCACCUCGGACAACUCGGACAUAGUUAUUGGAUCUACGGAAUGAACCCCACAGUAGAUCUUUUCACCUUGGCAUCAGGCUAAUAACAGGUUGAUAAGUCGAAUACCAAUCCAAAGUCAAAGCUUUUAAACUUUAUCCUGGCAUAGGUUGAAGGUUUAUUGCUGCGUUGAACGUCUGAAGCACGAAAGUUUGCCCAUCCCAAGCCGAAGCUUGAUACACUAGACGACCCAAAAUGGCUCCCCUCUUCCGCGCAGACCAGAUUGGGUCUCUCAUCCGCCCUGCCGCUCUCCGCUCUGCCCGCGAAUCGCGAACGAUCUACUCCGACCACUUGGACCAAGACAGCGCCCUGGAGCAAGUCACCCGCGCCUCCAUUAGCGCUGCAGUCCAACAGCAGCUUUCUCUCGGAAUCCGCCCCUUAACUAGCGGCGAGUUUGAACGAACCAUUUUUUUCAGCGGGCUGUUCGAGAAUCUCACCGGCAUGACAGCCGACCCGGCUGUUCCCGUCCCUGACGGUUUCGCGACGGGCUUGCCCCUCUCUAAAUUUUUGCAGGGGAUUGGGGUCAAGACCCAGCCUGCGGUGGUAGCUACAGGGAAGAUUCGCCGGGAAAAGCCUGCAUACCUGGAUGCGUGGAACAUGUUGAAGGCGACGGUGCCGGAGGAGCUGUGGGCUGAGUGCAAGAUGGUGUUGCCGGCUGUUACAUGGCAGCAUUUGCAGCUCAGGGCCGGGACUGCAUAUACUGCUGAGGCGUAUGGAUCGGAUGAGGAGUAUUUCGAAGAUUUGACGAAGGCGUAUCGGGCCGAGAUUAGGGAGCUUUAUGAUGCGGGGCUCAGAAACAUACAGAUUGAUGACCCGCAGCUGUUAUACUUGACGACGGAUAUGUUCCUGGAUGGUUGCAAGGCCGAUGGCGGUGAUCCAGAGAAGUUGCUGGAUUUGUAUAUUAGGGCGCACAAUGCGUGUUUGGAGGGGAAGCCGGAUGAUUUACAUAUCGGUGUGCAUUUUUGCAAGGGAAACAUGCCGGGCGGUAAGGGGUUAUGUGACGCGUCGUAUGAGCGCAUCUCUCAGAGGCUGUUCUCCGAGUUGGGAUAUGAGACCUUUUACCUCGAAUUUGAUGACGAGCGGUCGGGAACCUUUGAGCCCCUACGGCAUGUUCCCGUGGGUAAAAGUGUUGUUUUGGGAGUCGUGUCGACCAAGACCGCUGUGAUGGAGGAUAUUGACGUCUUGGCUAAGAGAGUCGAAGAAGCAGCUGCAGUCAUUGCCUCGUCUCAGGAGCGACCUGCUGCAGAUGUAUUGCAGGACACUCUGGCUGUGAGCCCGCAGUGUGGGUUUUCCAGCUCGACUCGGGGACAUCGGCCAGUUAAUGAAGAAGGUAUGUGGGAGAAACUUGUUCUGCUCAGGGAUCUCGCUAGAAAGCUUUGGAAAGACGCAAUCUAAGAUUGCGGAGUUGAGGUUCUGUUGAUCGGGAGCUACAGACUGUGGUCAUAAAGAAAAGCAUGUU